CAGAGCCUCUUCUGAGAAGGGAGCACCCGUGCCCAUAAAGACUGCAGAGAGGCAAAGGCUCAAAAUACCAGAGCCACUGAGGAAGGAACUGCUCCAGAAGCCUCAAGCCUCUCCUGCAGAGGGUAAACCCAUGUCUUCCAAGUCCCCAAAGGAAGCACCUUUACCUGACAGGAACCCUGUUCAUACAGGGACCUCACAGGGAUCAGGAGUGCUCUCCAGUUCUCCACUGCCCACUGGGUGUCUGAGGGAAGCAGCAGUACCCACCAAAACCAUGAAGGCAAGAAAAAGGAGGCUUGCUGAGCAACUGAGCAUGCCUAUCUCUUCCACUGAAGGAUUACAUAUGCCCUCCAGGACCUCAAAAGUGGCACCUGUGUAUUCUGGGACCUUACAGGGAGCCCUUGUGACCAGAAGCUCCCCAAGACUGGAAGCAAACCCAAGAAUCAAAGAGCAGCAGAAGCGGAAGCGCAGGGAGCAGUGGAGACAGCAGCAGAGACAGCGGAGGCAGCAGACGGCAUCAGACAAUAUAGAUGUGUGUGAGCCUCCACAAAAAAUACUCUGUGUGGAAAUCGACAAGGUGCCACUGAAGCCUAAACUGUGGAAGCAGAACCAUCAAGCCCCACAGCUCAUGUCCCAGCUCACCCUGAAGAUGGACAAUGUAGGUGUGAGCUGGUCACCUCCAGAAAAAAGGGAGCGCAUGGCGAGCAAAAUCAGAGAUCAACAACUGGGGCCAGGCUUAAAGCAUUUAUGUAGUAUAUUCAUAUGUUUAACGGAAUAUUUAAAUAUUUAG